CUGUGUCUCUAUGAGGUCGAAUUCGUGACUGGGUAAUACACUUUAAAAGUGGCGAGUUGCAGUGAUUCGGAACUUGGAAGACUACCAAACGCUGAAGAUUCAUCGCAGGGAAGGUCAUAACAUCUCCAUUUGGAACUGGAGAUCGGCAGUUCAUGAUGGCUGGAGGUUAUGCUCAAAACUUCUACAAAGAUGGUGGGAAGGAUGGUUCAACAAGCCUAUCAACGCCAAAUCGCAGGAAUUUCCAUCCGGACUCAUCUAUUGUCUUGGUCGGAUGUCGUGGCGCGGGAAAACGCACACUUGGAUUCAUUGGAGCGACAUAUCUGCAUCGGCGUUUGCUCACCGAGAAUCAUUAUUUUGAGCAAGCCACUGGGUUCAAUCGAGCGCAGUUUUUGGAAAAAUACGGCAAAGAUGCACUUAACACUCAAUUGACUUUGAUACUAGCAAAGAUCCUACAGGCCAAUCGAUACAACUGCAUCAUCGAAUGCGAGAUGGGAAUAUGGAGCAGAGAUGCUCAGAAACUGCUGCUCCAGUACUCCGAGACCAACCCGGUCAUCUACGUUCACCGAGACAAGGAGGAAAUCUAUCGGCUUCUGAAUAUACCAGUUGUUGAUGCAGAACGACUGGUUAUUGCACACCAGAAGCACCGAGAGCAUACUAAUCUCGAGUACUAUAACUUAUCCGAUACCAGUGGUGAGGGCACUGGAGCAAGCGAAUCAGGCCUCCGAUCUGCUUCCAUGGCCUCUGCAAGGCUACUGAACGUGAAAGAGGACUUUGCAAAGUUUCUCGAUCUCAUCACUGGCCAAGGAUUGACCCGAUCCUGGGUGGAGAACCCAUUUUCCAUCAACGCAAUACCACCCGAAUAUCGAUCAUACUCGUACGUACUUCGCUUGCGACUAUCUGACCUUAUGAGUCAAGAAAUCAACAUUACGGAGCUUGAGUCCGGGGCUGAUGCAGUUGAAAUCAUUGUCGACACCUGGCCUAAUAAUAUCAUGGAUUUUCUUGCAAUGCAAGUAUCGUUGAUACGGCGUAAAUUAGACUUACCCAUCGUUUACCAUGUGGAAGAGAACCCACGAGAGGAGCGUCAACGACCGCAGGAUGAAAGGGACACCAUGGAUCUGGCAUUACUACUACACGGUCUCCGACUUGGUGUUGAGUAUGUCAGUCUUGAUCUCGAACGUAGUGAAAACUUGGUCAGCCGGGUGCUCUCUAUGAGAGGGAAAACAAAAAUCAUUGGAAAUUUUACAUUCAAAGGUUUUAAUGCACCAAAAUGGUCAGAACCGAUUUACCUGGAGUUUUUCCGGCGCGCACAAGCUCUUGGCUGCAACAUUGUUCGCUUCGCUAGAUUCUGUGUCCAGGAUCGGGAUGACGAAGGUCGGCACAGGCUCUUUGAAGUGAUCAAGGAUAUGCCAGAUCCAAAACCACAACUUGUGGCUUAUGAGUUCUCAGUACUAGGUGCUCUAAAUAGCAAUAUCCUUACUGAUGGAAGCAGACCUCCUUUUCGGGGCUGGGCGUUCUUGCCAGUUGGACAUGGCUCGGUCAAGGCAUCCUCCCGAGAACAUCUCGCUGGUGUUAACUCAACUAGGGGAUCUCUUCGCCUCAUGUUCCGCAAGGGCUCUCUUCAUCCCUUGAAAUUCUACACGGUGGGCUCAAAGGUCUACUAUUCUGCAUCUCCUGCUAUGCAUCGAGCUGCAUACGAUGCCCUCAUGAUGCCGCAUUCUUUCGAGGCGAGGAAAUGCAAUCAGUUAGAGGACCUGGAUAGACUUCGCCGCGAAUACGAUUUUGGCGGCGCUUGCUUGACUGCCCCAUUCAAAGUGGUUAUGAUGGAUCAUGUUGAUCAUCUCAGCUCACAUGCGAAAGCUAUCGGUGCAGUAAACAUCCUUCUGCCUCUGCGAGGAGAAACUUCCUCUGUCAUCGAUCAUGCCAAUGCACGCAACAAAGGUGGCUCCGCGCACAGAUUCUAUGGAGAUAAUGCAGACUGGAGCGCCAUUAUGACUUGCCUCCGCCGCGCUAUCAGCCCUCGCAACACCGUUCAGCCGUCAAAGACGACUGGACUUGUAAUUGGCGCAGGAGGUAUGGCGAGGGCAGCCAUCUAUGCUCUAAUCAAGCUCGGGUGCCGCAAGGUCUUCAUCUUCAAUCGAACCAAGGCUAAUGCGGACAAGGUGGCGGAACACUUUAACAUCUGGGCAAAGCAACACCAGCUCGUCCAAAAUGGCUCAAGGAUAUGUCACGUCCUCGAAUCAACCGACCAGGACUGGCCCAUAAGUCAUCAGCAGCCAACAAUGAUAGUGUCGUGCGUCGCCGCCGCCGGCGAUUUUCAUGACUCCAAAAUUGACUUCAGGUUGCCACCGCAAUGGCUCAAAAGCCCGACAGGUGGUGUCGUUGUGGAAUUGGCCUAUGAACCUCUCAUAACUUCGUUAAUUACACAGAUGCGUGAGAUACGUGAAGCCGGCGGCACGGCUUGGGUUAUUGUUGAUGGCCUCGAGGUCGUUGCCGAGAUGGCAAUGGAAGCUUUUGAGUUAUUGACAGGGCGUAAAGCACCCAAGGCUUUGAUGCGUACAGUCUGUAACGAGAAUUGGGAGAAGAACUGCGCGCCAUUUGAAGCAAGACGAUAAGUCGCUGUAACGAUGCACGCUAUUUUAAGUCAUCGGCGAGGUACGAUCGCACCGCUACAACAAUGGUCGGAGCAGUCCAGAUAGGUACGAGGACCGAGGCACAGCGUGACAACAAGGAAACAGGCAUUUCAAUCAAAAUGAACGGCCUUCGGGGCCUCGUUGCGGUCCGGGGUUCUUCAACUUGUCUCGAGGCAGCCUGUUUACGCUCGCAGGGUUCUAGCUGCGCCAGGGUGUAAUUAGGCUCAGUGUCAUAAGUAAGCAAACUGGCUACUCCUACAAGAACAGCUAGGCC